AAAAAAAAAAAAAAAUGACUAAAGUGUGAGACUUGCUCUGAUUAUUUUUCCAAGGAUUCAGAGCCCUUUAGAGAGAAUUCAAGAGGAAGAAUUUCUGGUGACUUCUACCACCUCUGAAGAAUUAAAAAACACACUCGUGCGGCUUUCCAGGCCUCUGUGGUAGUUAGUUCUGCUUGGCAGUUUUUGUUGUCAAAUUGCUUUUAAAAAACCUUGAGCUCUAUCAGAUAUAAAUACCUUGUGAUGCCAAAGGACUGUCUUUCACCCAUGAAAACUGAAGCCAUGUGCCAGAAGCCCUCGUGGCCAAAGGGCUCUGUCCUUGGACACGGAUGAGGGCUACUGGGCGGUGGGACUGAGGCUAUGCCUGGAUGCCCAGCUUCUGCAGCCAGAGGUGGAGAGCUGCUCCUGCCUACUGGCUCAGCCAGCAGUGGAGCACGCAGCCUGCAUGCUUGGGUUCCACACAGGCUUCCCCCUGCAGAGUCAGGCUCCUUCAGCACUUCCCCAGAUCUCUGGAAUCUUCAGCUGAGAUUGGGCUCCAGCACCUGGACUCAAGCUCCCACAUAUGCGUGAAGACAUGCAAUCUGGGUCUUUCUGCACCUGGCUGAUCUCACUUCACAUAAUGGCCUCCUAUUCCAUCCGUAUUGCAAACGGCAGGAUCUCAUUCUUUCUUAUGGAUCAGUAGCUUUCUGGCCAUUUCCAGGUGAUUCCUCUGAUAAACAGUGUGUUCCAGCUUGCUGUGGCAGUAGCAGAAUCCCAUGGUAGCCAGGUGGGUGAAGGGGACCGAGGACGUUCUACCUGCCUUGAAGAAGACACCUGACCUGCGGAGUGAGUGACCAGUGUUCCCAGAUCCCGGCAAUGGAUUCCAUUCACAUGGGCAUGUCCAGCACUCCUCUGGUGAAGCACACUGCUGGGGCUGGGCUCAAGGCCAACAGACCCCGGGUCAUGUCCAAGAGUGGGCACAGCAACGUGAGAAUUGACAAAGUGGAUGGCAUAUACCUACUCUACCUGCAAGACCUGUGGACAACGGUUAUUGACAUGAAGUGGAGAUACAAGCUCACCCUGUUCGCCGCCACUUUUGUGAUGACCUGGUUCCUAUUUGGAGUUAUCUACUAUGCCAUCGCAUUUAUUCACGGGGACUUAGAACCCGGUGAGCCUAUUUCAAAUCAUACCCCCUGCAUCAUGAAAGUGGACUCUCUCACUGGGGCGUUUCUCUUUUCCCUGGAAUCCCAGACAACCAUUGGCUAUGGAGUCCGUUCCAUCACGGAGGAAUGUCCUCAUGCCAUCUUCCUGUUGGUUGCUCAGUUGGUCAUCACGACCUUGAUUGAAAUCUUCAUCACCGGAACCUUCUUGGCCAAAAUCGCCAGACCCAAAAAGCGGGCUGAGACCAUCAAGUUCAGCCACUGUGCAGUCAUCACCAAGCAGAAUGGGAAGUUGUGCUUGGUGAUUCAGGUAGCCAACAUGAGGAAGAGCCUCUUGAUUCAGUGCCAGCUCUCUGGCAAGCUGCUGCAGACCCACGUCACCAAGGAGGGGGAGCGGAUUCUCCUCAACCAAGCCACUGUCAAAUUCCACGUGGACUCCUCCUCUGAGAGCCCCUUCCUCAUUCUGCCCAUGACAUUCUACCACGUGCUGGAUGAGACGAGCCCCCUGAGAGACCUCACACCCCAAAACCUAAAGGAGAAGGAGUUUGAGCUUGUGGUCCUCCUUAAUGCCACUGUGGAAUCCACCAGUGCUGUCUGCCAAAGCCGGACAUCUUACAUCCCGGAGGAAAUCUACUGGGGUUUUGAGUUUGUCCCUGUGGUAUCUCUUUCCAAAAAUGGAAAAUACGUGGCUGAUUUCAGUCAGUUUGAACAGAUUCGGAAGAGCCCAGAUUGCACCUUUUACUGCGCAGAUUCUGAGAAACAGAAACUCGAGGAGAAGUACAGGCAGGAGGAUCAGAGGGAAAGAGAACUGAGGACGCUUUUAUUACAACAGAGCAAUGUCUGAUCACGGGGCACCAUGCAGGUUUAACCCCGCGCGCUGUUUCCGCAUCAGAACUCCCUUCAAACACAAAGACUGCUGGGAAGACAAAAAUGUGUAGACGCACUCUAAAAACAUGCACGAACAUACAAAAUCAAUCUUUUCCUGUGAUCGUGUGGCUAAACCAGCAUUUCUAUGUUUGAGAGAGUUCCUUUUAACUGCUUUAUCUGAAAGUGAACUCUUACAAUUCAGAUUGUGUAAAAUGGGGCUACAUUUCUAAGAGCUUGGUGUAGGGCAAUUGGAAUAAUGUCCUGUUAGAUAAACAGACACUUAGCAAUGCUAACAUUAAAAGUAUAUGUAUUUCUAUACAAGAUUAUUAGCUGUAAUAUAAGAUAUUUAUUUAACCAAGUAUCAAUGACCUUAUGGCCAAGAGUUCAUUGAUCUCAUUGCUUUCAUUGAUCUCACUGCUUUAAAACAUGCUGUUUUUGUUCAAGCAGGAAAAAUAUUAUAUAUAAUGAUUGUGUGAUAAUACCUGAAAAGAGGUAGAGAGACUCUGUUCACAAAAUGUAGUAAUUUCAUUUUUACCUUUCUUCAGUGGACUGAAUUCUAUGAAAGGAAAUUGAUCAGAUCUGUAAUUCACAACUGUGGAAACCUAUGCAAAUGGGGCUGAUGCCAUUGUUUCCUCUUUUUUUUUUUUUUUUUGGACUGUACUAUCCUCUUUCCAUUCAAAACGUUUCGAUUCAAAAUGUGGUUCACAGACCCGCCACAUCAGCACCAUCCGAGAGCUUAUUAGUAACGCAUAGAUUCUCAGGCCCCAGCCAGACUUACAGGAUUGGGGUCUGUAUCUUGACAAGACCGCCAAGUGAAUAGUGUACAAAUGAAAGUUUGGAAGGUCUGCUCUGGACAAUGUUUCCAAAGCAACUUUCUGAAGCCAUGUGGAAAACUGACUCUGUGGGUCACCUAUCCCCAUGCCAUCCAGACCUGGCCUCUCUUCAGUUCAUUAUUAUUGGCCAAUAUUUCUUUCAGCCAUUUCAUUUCUUAUCUAUUAAAAUGCCUUGCCCAUAAAGGAACUGCAUGUAAUUAUCCCCUGACAUUCCAAGAGCAAAAUAAAGCUCUUGAGAGUAAUUGUUGUCUCAGUUAUGCCUGUUGAUUACAGUUAGCACAAAAGAAAAAUUCAGCUGCCUGACAAUACAGGAAAUGUUCUCAGAGGCUGAAGUUUGUAAGGUCUGGUGGGGCCAUAAGGAAGAAGAGGAGCUGAAAGUAAGGAAUUCAUAAACAAGAUGACUCCCUGAUGCAUGAACAAGAUUUGAAAAUCUCAAACCUGUAAAGAAUACCCUUGAUAUUUAAAUAAAGCUUAUACAGAGAGGUAACAUUUUGCCCCUGCCAAAAUUCAGGGGUCUGGUGCUCUGCACUCCUUUGAGGCAAUAAUAAUAGUAAUAAUAAAUGGGCUAUGACUGGUUAAGUGUCCGAAAAGUGAAUUCUCAUUUCAUUCAAACAGAGACAGAUUUGCACAUUCACUCAAGCAGAAUGUGACCAUGAAUGUUCAGCCCAUGCAUACAUACAAAGAUGUACACGAUUCCCCCCACUGCACACAAAUACUCACAUGCAAGCACACAGAUACACAUACCCUGGCUCUUCAAGCAUAAGCAGGGGCGCCAUCAGUGAAAGACAUUUGCGAUUAAGACAAGUCCUUGACAGACACGUUCAUGUCUAUUUGGUUCUAUAAAAAUAUGAGCAUUGGGACUCAAAGCAAAAGGGGAAAAUAAAAUUGGAUUCAGGUUAUCAGUGAAAUGAUGGUAUAGAUUACAGCAAAUCUGGCUAUAUGUUGAUGGUUGCUUUAGAUCUCCAUUCCUUAAAAAAUAUUACAUGUCAGUGUAGUUAGAUAUCUACUUAUCUCUUUUAGUUAUUACACUUGCUAUUUUUUACUGUAUAUUGUGGUAUAAUCAACAAAAAAAUAAUGCCAUGGGCAUGUUUAGACCUUUUGUGUUGCACUAUUAAAUUUUUUUCAGAGUAUUUAUAUCGAUGCUAACUUUGUGAUUCAGAUUAAAAAUCUUGCUCACUUACAGUGUAUAUUGUACAAGGACAUAGCCUAAGAGUCAGAAAAAUUUUUGUAUUUCAUUCAGCAUGUCAAUUUCAGCCAAAUUUGGAAGACUUGACUAUCUGACCUUUUGUGCUACACACACAAAACAAAUAUUGGAGUAGAAAUACCACCUUAAAAAUACAUUUAGAUAAUAUUGAAAUCACAGUCUGUUAAAAUUAGAAAUGUAAUUCAAAUAAAAAUCAAACAAAAUAGUUGUUUCAAUUUAUCUAAAUAUCUGGUCCUAAGAGUGGCUUUAGAAUACCUGGUUUUUAAGAGUGUCUUAAAAAUCAAUAUGUGUAUAAGUCAAUAAAUCAUAUUUUAAUAUUCAAUAAAUAGCUCUGAAGCUGUAUCUGGUUUGAAGCUUACCAUUUCCCUGGUGCCUUAACUAUCAUUACUUCGUGCAUAAUACUUUCAUGUUACCAUGUUAACAAAGGAUUUAGGUAGCAAACUUAAUUUAUUAUGUCUGGUCAGUCUUCUGCUUGAAACCGAUUCACCCUCAACACCCAACUAAGGAGGAGCCAAAGUAGUGGAGUAUUCCUGACCCAAAAAGGCUUUUGAAUUUUGAAACAUUUCUAAUGUGUUAUGUUUUCUCAAUGAGACCAUUAAAAAACGUUGUGUUCCAUUUGAGAAACCACAGAGUCAACAGCAGUAAAUCAGUGUGCCCCACAAGCCAUGUCUUAGUAAUAAAACAGAUGGCGCUCACAUGGUGCCUGGCAGACAGUGACUCUGGGCAGCAAAGCACUGAGUCGCCCAACUCUACUCCUUUGGGAUGGGGUUGGGAGUCACGCAUUGGCUCCCUUUUUCAUCCUGGGGAAAUUACGACACAAAGCAGAGUGUCCAGAAAGCUAAAGAGCUGGUUUAAGGUGGGAAAAUGCCAUGAAUUAAUGAAACAGAUAUUUAGAUAAAUCAAAACAACUA